GCAUGAUAAACGCGUGCUCCUUAAGCAAAGUCGCGUCUCCCGUGUUGGCUUCGACGGCGUUUUUCUAUUUCUUUCACUUUCGCCAUUGAUGUGACCCCCGACGCUAGCACAAGCGCGCUUCUCCAGUGUUCUAACUCUGGAGGUCAUAAACCUUCUAUAAGCCCGUCCCCGGAGCAGUACCUGAGCGCAACCCGUAGCUCGCGACGAUCACCGGUCCCCACCAUGACUGACCUCAAUGGCUUAAUCAGCUCAGACAGCGAGCUGUUUGUCAAUGGGGCGGACGUAGAACCCGAACCAUUUACUUUCCAGUCCGAUCUGAGCGACGAUGAUGCGCCAGAUCCGCUGGCCCUCGAUGAAAUCGCGAGUGCGUCCCUUGCCGCCAUGGCUGGGAAGUUGGAUUUGCUUUGGGACCAGAACCAGGCCGAGACCACGCCUCAGAAAGUAACGAAGGGCGGGCAGGUGAACGGGCUUGCGGAGUCCCCCAUUGAUGAGCCUGAGAACGUUAGGUCAGUCGUUGAGGUCCACUUGCCGUGGCUGCCACCAGCGGACCGGGCAGGAUACCAGAAGGUCGAGGUGGACGAUUACCGGCCAGAUGAAUAUCACAGAACCAGAAGAAAACGGAAAGGGGAUGACGAUUUUGCUGAGCGGCACGGCACAAAGAGGAAGCGGCAGGAUGAAGACUACUCUAGUGAUGAUGAGCUUAACGGGGACUCGGAUGAAGACCUGCCCAGACUCCGUAGCAGACGUGCCAGCACACGCGCCAGCUCUCUUCUUGCCUCUAGCGAAGGCGAGCGCAGGGAGGCGGGACGGCGGUUGCGUCUUCGGCCCAGAGCCAGUUUGGCUCGGUAUCAAUACUCACAGGAUGACGAUCGGGAUGAGCUCCAGGGCUCUGACAUUGACGACGAGACAUUCAUCGUCCAAUCUGACAUUGUCCAGACCAAGAAGACUAGGAGACGGCUGAGGACAUUGCCAACCAGGGGGCGGUCUAGCCUGUCUCUACGCGGCGAAGACAUCGAGUUUGAGUCCCGUCGUCGAUCGUCCAGGGCCAACAAGACUUCGAAGGUUAUGACGGACACUUAUCUAGACAACGAAGACAUAUAUUACUACGAGGACGAGAAAGCCCCCGCGGCGCCCAAGAUCAUGAGCGUGCGCGAGAUUUUCCAACCGUCGCCGUCGUAUGACUUUAAGGAAGCUCAUCGACCUCUUUGCGACAGCUGUGGUUAUGGCGACGACAGGAAUAAGGGGCCCCUGGUUCCGUGCCAGGGGUGUUCGAACUCAUACCACAAAGUAUGUCUCGGCACCCGCAGCGCGCGCGACCAUAGGGUCACCAAGGUGGCGGCCGAUUCGUUUGUUAUGCAAUGCCGCUUUUGCAUUGGCACCUACAAGAAGAAGGACCACCGGGCGCCGAGCCAUGACGUCUGUCAAGGCUGUCAUACCAAGAGUCCCUCCUGUGUUCCCUUCUCGGAGAGGAAGACGCAAAAGCAGGAGGAGACGCUGCGUAACGAGAACGGCGGCGUCGAUCCUAUCACACCUGUUGAGCCGAAGCUCGUCAAUAAUCCGGACAACGUUCUCUUCCGCUGCGGCCGUUGCCAUCGUGCCUGGCACUACGAACACCUUCCACACCCCAACAAGUCCCGAGACCCCGCGAUCGACGAUCCCCUCAAUCUGCGCAAGCACCGCCGCGAGGAGUAUCAAAUCGAAUGGCUGUGCAAGGAGUGCCAGGCCACCUGGGAGGAGAAGGUGGACAAGAUGGUUGCAUGGCGGCCCCUGGAUCCUAAAACAUACAAGGAAGGCCAAUCGAUCACGGACCUUACCGAGGACAACCUGGAGUACCUCCUGAAAUGGGAGAACAAGUCGUACAACCAUUGUAUGUGGAUGCCCGGUGCCUGGGUAUUCGGUGUUGUCAAGCCGACUAUGCGUCUGUCGUUCCUCAAGCGAACGUUCGGAGACGGAUCCGAUGAAGCGAUCGACGGGGGUAGACACGUCGACUCGCUCCUGCGGUGGUCCGAGAAGGAGGCGAUCCACGAUUCGUGGAUCACACCCGACAUCAUCCUCGAUGUCCACUACGCCCCGAGAUCACGCGAGGACGAGAAGAAGUACCGGGCUAAGUCGGCAAAGGACAAGUUUGAGGACGACCUGAGCCGAAUCUUCCACGUCAUCAAGAUUUACGUGAAGUUCGAGGGCCUGGGCUACGACGACGCUGUCUGGGAUACCCCGCCGCCUCCCGACGCCGGCACUCUCUACGAUGCCUUUUGCGAGGCUUAUCGCGAGUACCUCAACGGCAGACACUUCCAAUCCGAGCCUUGGAAGGCCAUAAGAGGGCGGAUCGACGAAUUCCGCGAGCUCGACUUCGUCCGCGACAUCGAAGUUCAUGAGCAACCCAAGGGCCUCUGGCGCGGCAAGUUGAUGGGAUAUCAGCUUAAUGGGCUGAAUUGGAUGCUCCUCAACUUCCGCCAGGGGCGCAACGUCGUGCUCGCCGAUGAAAUGGGUCUCGGCAAGACGGUUCAGGUGGUGGCGCUGCUAUCGAGCUUCAUCCAGGAUAAUCCCAAGAUCUGGCCCUUCUUAAUCGUUGUGCCCAACGCGACAUGCGCCAACUGGCGCCGCGAGAUCAAGAAGUGGGCUCCCGACUUGAGGGUCGUGGCCUACUAUGGCGGAAGGGUGUCGCAAACGCUGGCUCUGAACUAUGAGCUUUUCCCGAACGGGACCAAAGACCUCAAGGCGCACGUCGUCAUCAUGUCCUAUGACUCGGCCAAGGACAGCGAGACGCGCAGCCGGUUCUCUAGUACCAAGUGGGCCGGCCUAAUCGUGGACGAGGCGCAGGCGCUCAAGAACGACGAGAAUACGCUGUACAAGGCACUCAACGCCUUGCGCAUCCCCUUCAAGCUGCUGCUCACAGGAACGCCGCUUCAGAACAACAAGCGGGAACUGUUCAACCUCCUACAGUUCGUCAACCCGGCGAUGAAGGCGGAGGAGCUCGACCAGCAGUUCACCCAAAUCACAGCCGAUAACUUGAGAGAUUUACAUGAGCUGAUUCGUCCGUAUUUCCUUCGCCGGACAAAGGCUGAGGUCCUUACCUUUCUCCCUCCGAUGGCGCAGAUCAUCAUUCCCGUGAGCAUGACGGUGCUGCAGGAGAGGCUCUGCAAGUCCAUCAUGGAGCGCAACCCUCAGCUUAUCCGGUCCAUUUUCAUACAGGGCAAGAUGAAGGCCAGCGAGCGAGGCUCGCUCAGCAAUAUCCUGAUGCAGCUGAGGAAAUGCCUCUGCCAUCCGUUCAUCUAUAGCCAAGCCAUUGAGGAUCGGUCCGUGUCCCCGGAAGUGUCGCGGCGCAACCUGGUCGAGGCGUCCUCGAAGCUCAUGCUCCUGGAAAUUAUGCUCCCCAAGCUCAAGGAGCGGGGCCAUCGAGUCCUGCUGUUCAGCCAGUUCCUGGACGAACUGACCAUUCUUGAAGACUUCCUGGCCGGCAUGGGCAUGAAGCAUGAGCGGCUCGACGGCAGUCAGUCAAGCAUGGAGAAGCAGAAGAAGAUCGACGCAUUCAACGCGCCGGACUCGGACAUCUUUGCCAUGCUGCUCUCUACCCGCGCAGGCGGUGUGGGCAUUAACCUGGCCACGGCCGAUACAGUCAUUAUCCUAGAUCCCGAUUGGAACCCGCACCAGGAUAUCCAGGCCCUGUCGCGUGCCCACCGCAUAGGGCAGCGCAAGAAGGUGCUAUGCUUCCAGCUAAUGACGGUAGACUCGGCCGAGGAGAAGAUUCUGCAGAUUGGCCGCAAGAAGAUGGCCUUGGACCACCUCCUUAUCGAGACGAUGGACAACGACGAAGAGUCCCCUAAUGACGUCGAGUCGGUCCUCAAGCACGGCGCCGCAGCGCUCUUUGGCGAAGGGAAGAAGAAGGAUGCCAUCACGUACGACUCGGCGGCGGUAGAUAAGCUCCUCGAUCGGUCUGUGAUGGAGGAAACUAGGACCAAUGACGAUAAGUCGGCCGAGUCGGCCUUUGCUAUGGCACGCGUGUGGGCCAACGACAAGGGGGCGCUCGCCGACGACCUGCAAGAGGCAGAGCCGACGAUCAACAUGAGCGUGUGGGACCAGAUCUUGAAGGAGCGCGCGGAGGAGGCGAGGCGGGAGGCGGAGCGCACCAUGGAGAAGCUCGGCCGCGGAGGUCGUCGUCGCGGGGCUGCUACCAUGUACACAGGUCCUCGAUUCGAGUUCAACGAUGGCCAGGGUGGAGCGGCCGUGGACAGUGACCACGGGGAUGGCGAUGGCGAGUUCGUCGGUAGCGGGGCGGAAGAGAGCGAGACCGAGGACGAGGACGGGCGCACGACGGCGACCGGUGAGUCAACAACACCUUCGGGAUCUAACAAGCAGGGCAAGACUCCUCAAGACUCCGAACCCGACGGCCGGGCAGCCGCGGGCAAGAAAGGCUCCCGCCACGCCAAAGGCAGCGAAGCCGAGGCAGCCACGACAGCGGCGGUCCUCCGGCCGCCCGACUCAGACGACGUCCCCCGGAACCCCGACAAAGGCCGGCCGCGGAAGCAAAAAGACCGGGCUGCCGCUCCGUCCGCUCGAGCUGGAACAAGCCACCACCAGCCCAGCCACCAGCUCAACGGUAACGGCGGAGGAACAGGAAGAGGAACAGGCAGCGUCGUCGCCCUCAACCUCUCUCGAACCGGAAACAGCAUAAUCUCGACGACGCCCAUCCCCGUCCCCGUGAUCCCCCCCUCCUCUACUCCAACUCACGUUACUACUGCUGCUAGUACUACUACCCCGAACUUCAUCAUCCCGCUCCCUUCCUCAUCCGCCGUCUUCACCCCUACUACUACCCCGGAGGUGGUGACCACUACCACCACCACCACCACCAUCACCCUUGAAGAAGCAAUCCAGCAGAUCCACAUGAAAGUCCCGCAGCAGCCGCAGCUCCCGGCACAGACGAAGCCAAAGACCCACCCCGGGGUAGAGAUCACCACCGUGCUGUGUUGCGUGUGCGAGUACAUGCACCCGGCGCAGUGGGAGUGUCCCGAGAUGCGCAACGAGGUGAAGCUGCGGCUGGCGCUGGACCGGCUGAGGCAGGGAGUUGGCACGGAAGGGUUGGGGCCGGCGGCGGUGGAGGCGCAGAGGGCGUUUUUGGGGGAGAAGUUGAGGCGUGUUAGGGGGGGUAGUAGUUCGCUUUCUAAUGGGAAUGGGAGUGGUGGUGUUAAUGGUGGUGUUGUUAAUGGUAGGACCGGGAUGGGGAUGGGGAUAGGGUAGUGAGGGGGGAAUGAAAACCUUAUUCCAUUCCACGGCAGGGGAGAGGAAGGGGCGGGGGGAAAUACCUUAGGUAAUGCGGAGGAGGACGUGGUGGUGGACAUGU